AUGGCGGCAGCGUGGACGGAAAAGAACCGAGGUGCUUCGAGCGCGCCUUCGGCGGGAGGACACGCCCCCAACUCCGAGGGCAAAGAGGCGGGGCUGCGGCGGGAGCGGGCGACUGCGGCUGCGCGAGGCGAAGGAGGCGGGAAGCGGGAGAAAGAGAUUAGGAUCUGCCGGAUGGUUGGCGCUCAGUCUGCGCCGCCGAGGGCGAGAGGCGGCAGCGGGGGAGGAGGGCUGCUGCACGAUAAAUGCCGCCCCCUAAUAAUAGUAAUAAUAAUAAUAAUAAUGGGGAAGGAGCGGGGGGGGUUUAUUUAUUGCUUCCAGCUAUAA